AUGUCCUCUAGACUGCCCCCCGCUGCCCUCAGCCUCAAACAGUUCCUCCUCAGGCAGCAGGUUCUUGCUUUGUACCGGCGGAUCCUCCGAGGUGUGCGGCAGAUCCCGGACCCUGCUGACCGGCGCUAUAUGAAGGAAUGGGCCCGAGGAGAGUUCCGCAGGAACCAGAGGGCCACUGAUGAGAUCACCAUCCGGAUGAUGAUCACACAAGGACAGCAGCAGGUGCAAGAACUAGAGAGCGCUCUUAAGCUGGCCGGAUCAUAG